GAGGACUCCUCGUGCUCUAGCAGUUCGUCAAGUACGUCGGAUGAAGAGGAACCUCUACGCAAGAGAUCAAAACGAGAUGCUCAGGUAACGGUCGAUCCCCGGAUCGACGCGUUAUACGAACAGAUAGUUGGAGUGCUGCGGAACGGGAGCAAUUAUCUGGACGGUCUGCGGGCAGCCAUGGCCAAGUUUAGAAAAGAUCUGGAGAACUGUACUCAAUCCGCCACAACGAACGAGUCUCCAGACGAGGCGUCUGCGAAGACUCCGUGCGAGAGAAUCAUAGAAGCCAGUGGCCAGGUCACCAGGAUCUCGGAGUUGGCACUCUGGGCAACCAAUCAGCUUAAGGAGAGGAAAUUUGCGGAAAACAAGAACACAGCUAAAGAUGAAGAGGAGAAACUGUUGAUGAAGUUGGCUUGGUUCUUGGACCAACUGGCUCGGUUGACCGGGUACGAACCGGAGCUAGCUGAUGCCACUACCACUCCAGCCCUGGAUGACACAACAGAAACUGAAGAAGAUAAAAUCGGUACUCUUGAAAUUAUGGAUUCCGUGGAAAACGGACCAAGUGUAACUUUGCCGCCAAAAAGGUCGAUUCAAAAGCGCUCACUAAAUGAUCCAACGACGGUAUUCGUUCAGAAUUUCAUUAAACACAAAGUAUGGAAUAAUGAUAAUACUGAUAAUAAUAAUAACCACAAAACAUUCGAUGUACAAAACGAAUUACAAGCGAAAAGGAAACAAAAACGCACUAUUAAAUUUCCCACGAUUAUGUGGGAAGUUUUCAAACCAAAAAACAUCAUAGAGAAAGUGAAACGACUACAGGUUGGUUUGAAAAAAUUCCAAACUCCCGGCAUAGGUGUCGCUGUUACAAAAACUAUACGGAAGAGAGCAGCUAACUACGCCAAUGAAUUUUCUGUACCGAAAGUUCCCGAAAAUCCAAUGCAGGAUAUUAGUUAUUACGUGAAAAAUAAAGUAGGUACAUAUAUAAGUCCGGAUAUAGUGCAAGAGUUGCAGGUAAAAGAUAACAUGGAGAAGAUACUGGAUAGAGGAAAUAUAAAUAAUGUUUGGUUUUACGGAUCAAAUGUCAAACUCGGAAUACAACCAAUCUCGAAGUCAGUUAAUGAGAGCUCCUCAGAUUCGCACAGCACUAAUUUGUAAAGACACUAAUUAUUAUUACCAUAGUUUUCUCAUAAUUCUUAGAAAUUUUAAAAUACCUAUAAAGGAGAUUUUUAGAAAUAGUACCUACUUUCAUUUACAUCAAUACAGUGUGUACUAUAUUAGUGAUUUACCUGAGUAGGUAUUAAUUAUUUGGCAACACUCUGACAUGUCACCAAA